CGGUAACCGUAAACGAACAGUGUGGUCAAUCUGCGCAUGCGUAAGUUUAGUGUUUCUAUUUAGCGCAUCAGAAAUUUUUAACUAACGAAAUGUCAGAAAAGGGAGAAGUGGAUUUAACUGGUGCCAAGCAAAACACUGGCGUAUGGCUCGUAAAGGUUCCAAAAUAUCUGUCCCAACAAUGGGCAAAAGCAUCUGGCCGAGGCGAAGUUGGGAAGAUCAGGAUAUGCAAAAAGGGGAACAUGGGGAAGCCUGAGGUGACAUUCACAUUAAAUGAAGAGUUGACUGUAAUUGAAGGCAUAGACACAGUAGCAGCCCCACGAGAGCAUCCUUUCACCAUGCAGACAGUAGGAGGACAGACUUUAGCAGUCUUCACAGAGACGUCAUCAGGCCAGUCAGAGGAGAGAUCUGAUGGCAGCAGCCUAGGUUCGGGUACAGGUCCAGAUAAAAUUGCCUUGGAGGGGAUGGUAGUGCAGAGAGCCGAGUGCCGACCAGCUGUGAGUGAAAGUUACAUGAAACUGAAAAGGUUACAGAUAGAAGAGUCAUCAAAACCAGCCAGAUUAUCACAGCAACUGGAGAAAAUAGUUACAAGCAACUACAAGCCUGUGGCAAAUCAUGCUAACAAUCUCGAGUAUGAGAGGCGGAAGAAGGAGGAAGGGAAGAGGGCGAGGGCAGACAAACAGCAGGUGUUGGACAUGUUGUUUUCAGCCUUUGAAAAGCACCAGUAUUACAACAUCAAAGAUCUUGUGGACAUCACGAAACAGCCUGUGAUUUACUUGAAGGAGAUCCUGCGUGACAUCGGCAUCUAUAAUGUGAAGGGAACGCACAAAAACACAUGGGAGCUUAAGCCGGAGUAUCGGCAUUACCAGGGAGAGGAAAAGACUGAUGAAUAGAUUUUUAUAGUCGGUGUUUUUACAGUGUGUUGUAUCCUGACACUGGGUUAAAAAAAAAAAUAGUUUUACCAUUUUUGCACUUACUUUUAGAGUGGCCAUGAUGCUGCAGUGAGAAGUAUAGUGUAAGGAUUGUAAUUUUUGCUAAAAGGUUUUAGUGCCAGAAUAUUUUUACUGUUUAAUAUGUAUUGUGUAAAAUUCUGCAUUGUAAUUUACAUUUUGAGUUUUAUUUCUAGUCAGAAACAUGUAAUAAAGUGUUUUUUUUCCCUGGG